AUGGACAGCUUAUCUUCUGCUGCAGCUUCGUCGCAGGCUGUUCAGCGACAGGUUCGUGUGCAGCUGACGAGCAAGCAGGAAGACAUUGCAUUGCCAGAGAACACUGGACCAAUUCUUGUCCCUACAGGUCUCCGACGAUAUGCGCUGUCCACCUUGGUGAACAAUCUGCUUGGGAGCGACAAGCCGAUCCCCUUUGAAUUUCUCAUCAACGGCACUUUCCUGCGGACCUCAAUCGACGAGUACUUGACUGCGAAUGGUAUCUCUGCAGAAACGACCCUCGAGGUUGAAUAUGUGCGAGCGCUUAUUCCCCCACUGCAUAUCGCAUCCUUCGAGCACGACGAUUGGGUCAGCUCGACGGAUAUCCUCUCGGCGACUUCCCCCGCAGCAUCCUGGGCCUCUUCGGCGGUCUCGCAAGGCCAAGAAAGAAUCUUGUCCGGUAGUUACGACGGGCUGCUUCGAGUGUGGGAUAUGUCUUCUCAGAUUCUGGCCGUUUCCCCGGCCCCAGCCGAAGGCGGGCAUAGCGCCUCGAUCAAGGCUGCGAAGUUUGUGACUCCGAACCAGAUUGCAUCGGCUGGUCUGGACCGGACGGUCCGUCUGUGGAAGUACGUGGAAAAUGACGAUGGGUUCUCUGGAAAGAUUUCCCCCCAGCUGGAACUGUUUGGCCACAAGUCUGGGAUCAACUCGCUAGCUGUACAUGCGCCACUGAACCGCGUUCUCUCUGCCUCUAAUGACCACACGGUUGGGUUCUGGUCGACGAAAAAGUCGGAUGCCCCCGCUGCACCGGAAGAGGCACUUCCAUCGAAAGCUUCGAAAAGCUCCAAGAGACGCAAGCUUAAUCCUUCGGUCAGCACCCCGCAGCGUGGCCCUCUGGCCCUCUUCUCUGGGCAUACCGCCCCGGUUUCUGCUGCCAUCUUUGAUGCCAAGGACUCGACGGUAGGAUACUCUACGUCUUGGGAUCACACUCUGCGGACCUGGGAUCUCGUCACCUCCGCUCUCGUGGACACUCGUACUACGUCCCACUCGCUGCUUUCUCUCGAGCACCUCCCCGAGGUUCAUCUCCUAGCCACCGGUACUUCUGCCCGUCACAUCACGCUGAUCGACCCUCGGGUUUCGGCGGCAACUGUGGCAGCGAUGACACUUCGCGGUCAUACCAACGCCGUGGUGACCUUAUCCCGCGACCCUCAUAGCACUUACGGUCUCAUUAGUGGUAGUCAUGAUGGAACCUGCCGGAUCUGGGACAUCCGGUCCACAAAGACAGACAAAGAUGGCGUGGUAGGCGAAAGCGUCUACACCAUUUCCCGCAAGAGCCUGGAGGAAGAGGGCAAGGCAGACAGCAAGCGGGUCGGAGGCGAAGGUGUCAAGGUCUUCGGUGUUUCCUGGGAUAAAACUGUGGGCAUUGUCAGUGCCGGCGAGGACAAACGGCUUCAAAUCAAUCGUGGAGAAGGUGUGCUGCCCUCGAAAAUUUAG